AUGUACGCGGGGUUGGCGGGAUUGGAGGGGCUGGGGGGGCUGACAGGAAGCACGUACGCGGGGCUGCUCGCCACGGGGUCGGAACACGGCGGGGGGGGCGGCGGCGGAGCUGGGGGGAACAAGGCGCAAAACGCAGCGGCCAUGAGAGCGAUGCAAGCAGCCAAGCUCCGAGCCUCCAAGACAGCUUUGGAGCGACACGACGUGGAAAUCAUAGGCUCGGGACCGGAGCUGCUGGUGUUCUCGCACGGCUUCGGAUUCAACAAGAACGUGUGGAGCGGCUUGAUCAAGGCACUGGACAAGACUCGCUAUAAGAUUGUUCUCUACAACGUCACAGGCGCCCUUGGCACGGACUACGACGCAUUUGACUACCAGCGCUACAGCACACUGCAUGGCUUCACGGACGACCUGCUGCUAUUGCUGCACGAGCUGGGCGUCGAGGGGAGGGAGCGCGGGCAGCAGUGCACGGUGGUGGGGCAGCAGCAGGCGGGCAUGGUGGCGCUGCUGGCAUCACUGGAACGCCCCACGCUCUUCAAGCGCAUCGUGCUGCUCAGCUCCUCACCCCGGCUAUUGGGAGCAGAGGGGUAUGAAGGGAGCUACGCACUAGAGGAUCUGGAUCAGGUGUUUGGCAUCAUGCAGGGCAACUUCAAGCUGUGGGUGCGCAACUGUGCACCGGUGCUGACAGCAGACGACAUCAAGGCGGGGCACGUGAGGGAGUUUGUGCGCCCGCUCUUCCUGCUGCGACCCGACAUUGCGUUCAGCUUCCUCAAAACCGCCUUCGCGUGUGACGUGCGCGACAUUCUCCCAAGGGUGAGUGCUUAUGCUGCACGUGAGGAAGAUGAAUGGAUGGUUCACAUGCUGUUCUUCUCCGGGGAGCCUACAGUUCCCGAGUCUGUCAUGCAAUACAUGCUCAAGACCAUACCGAACGCAUAUGGCGAACUCCUUCCGACAAGAUCGCUUCAAGAUUCUCCCGAAGUAGUUGCAAAUUCUUUAGAGAAGCACCUAAGCAUGCCGCUGCGGGAUCCCUUUGGCCAUUCUAGUCGGAGAAUGAUGAACACUCGCAUACCGUUGCCGUCUCAAGAAGAAGGUGAAGAAGGCGAUGAUGGUGGGGAGACCCGGGAGGAUAUACUUUGA